UAUAAACCCGUCUCUGCUCCUCUUCUUCCUCCCCCUCUUCCUCCUCCCUUCCUUUGCUUCUCAAUCUCUCUCUGCUCCAUUUGCUCUUCUUCUCAUUACAACCAGAAAUUUCAUACAGAGGUUUCUUAGAUAAAAAUGGAGUACGACGAACGCUACUUGCAGGCACAAACGCCAAAAUAUAGCUGCCUUCUGUUUGAUCUUGAUGAUACCCUUUAUCCCCUUAGUUCCGGCAUCGCAGCCGCAUGUGGCAAGAAUAUUAAAGAUUAUAUGGUCGAAAGGCUGGGCAUAGAGGAGAGCAAACUCACUGAGUUGGGUAACCUUCUGUACAGGAAUUAUGGGACAACAAUGGCUGGCCUCAGGGCAAUUGGCUAUGACUUUGACUAUGACGAGUACCACAGUUUCGUUCAUGGAAGAUUGCCUUAUGAGAACCUAAAACCAGACCCUGUUCUAAGAGGUCUUUUGCUUAGCUUGCCAAUUCGAAAAGUCAUCUUUACAAAUGCAGACAAGGUACAUGCUCGUAAAGUUCUUAGAAAGCUUGGCUUAGAAGACUGUUUUGAAGGGAUCAUUUGCUUUGAGACUCUGAAUCCUACCCAUAAGAACACUGUUUCUGAUGAUGAGGAUGACAUAGAAUUUGUAGGAUCAGUUGUUACUCCCUCUACAACUAAUGGCUCUUACACAACUACAACUAGUGCUCCUGAAAUUUUUGACAUUGUUGGACAUUUUGCUCAACCAAACCCCAACUCGGUAUUACCGAAGACACCUAUUGUCUGCAAACCAUCUGAGGCUGCCAUCGAACGCGCUCUCAAGAUAGCCAAUAUUAAUCCUCAGAGAACUCUGUUCUUUGAUGAUAGUGUCCGGAAUAUACAGGCUGGAAAACGUGUGGGUCUCCAGACUGUUCUGGUUGGCUCUUCGCAAAGAGUUAAAGGUGCAGAUUUUGCAUUAGAAAGCAUUCACAACAUCAGGCAAGCACUGCCAGAGCUUUGGGAAACUGACAUUAAAUCAGAAGUUGGUUAUCCUGGCAAGGUUACAGUGGAGACACCUGUCACAGCUUAGAUUAGAUGUAUGUUGUCCUUAUUAGACAGGGAAAAGAAGGAAAACAAUGAUGUGGGAUCUCACGAGCCUCAUUUCUCUAUCUCAUGUUUAAACGAUGUAGAUGUUUCGUUCUUAUCGUAAAUUUGUUAAUAAAAGACGUGGGAGGGGAGGGAUGCCUCUUUUCUUGGCUGUCUUUCGGUGCCACACAUGCCAAUGUCAAUCGUCUCUCCUCUCUUUUUGGACGCCUUCAUCACAGUAGCCAUAAUUAAUUUUCAAUCAUUAAUUCAAGCUUGGAACUC